AUGGGCAGGACGCUGCUGGACGGCCUCACCGCAUCCCUGCUUGCUGGACGGAGGCUGAGACACAAGCUUUACAGAGAGGAGCUGAACUUAACCUCCCCGGCGGCACCGCUGCCGCUCCGGCCGGAGCCACGCUCCAGCCCCGCCGUCAACAGGCUCCUCCGGGACAUGCAAGACUUCACCACUAUCAGUGCCGACUACAGCCAGGACGAGAAAGCGCUGCUGGGGGCCUGCGACUGCAGCCAGAUUGUGAAGCCCAGCGGCGUGCACCUGAAGCUGGUCCUCAGGUUCCAGGAUUUUGGGAAAGCCAUGUUCAAGCCCAUGAGGCAGAAACGUGACGAAGAGACUCCUGAGGACUUUUUCUAUUUUGUCGACUUCCAACGGCACAACGCGGAGAUCGCCGCCUUCCACCUGGACAGGAUCCUGGAUUUCCGGAGGGUGCCGCCCACAGUUGGGAGGUUGAUCAACGUCACCAAGGAGAUCCUGGAGGUCACCAAGAACGAGAUCCUGCAGAGCGUCUUUUUUGUCUCACCAGCCAGCAACGUGUGCUUCUUUGCCAAGUGUCCAUACAUGUGCAAGACUGAGUACGCGGUGUGUGGGAACCCUCACCUCCUGGAAGGGUCCCUCUCCGCCUUCCUGCCGUCCCUCAACCUGGCACCACGCCUCUCCAUCCCAAACCCGUGGAUCCGGUCCUACUCGUUUGAUGGAAAAGAGGAGUGGGAAGUGAAUCCGCUCUACUGCAACACGGUGAGGGAGAUCUACCCCUACAGCAAUGGCAACCGGCUGCUUAACAUCGUUGACAUGGCCAUAUUUGACUUCCUAAUAGGGAACAUGGACCGUCACCACUACGAAAUGUUCACCAAGUUUGGGGACGACGGCUUCCUCUUGCAUCUGGACAACGCCAGAGGGUUCGGACGGCAUUCCCACGAUGAAACCUCCAUCCUGGCCCCGCUCUCCCAGUGUUGCAUAAUAAAGAGGACAACGUUAUUGCGACUCCAGCUCUUGGCUGAACCCGAAUAUCGGCUUAGCGAUGUGAUGAGGGAAUCCCUCCUGCAGGACCGCCUGGCACCCGUCCUCACCGAACCCCAUCUCUUGGCUUUAGACAGACGGUUACAGCUUAUCCUGAAAGCUGUGAGGAAAUGCAUAGACACAUAUGGAGAAGCCAAGGUGGUGGCCAACGACACCACGCAGCCCGAGGCUCCUGCAUCUGACAGAGUGAAGCUGACCACUUAAGCAGUCCUUAACUCAUGCUCAGAGGUGGGGAAAACCCCUGCAAGGCAAGUGUUUUAAUAGCUGGUAAUUUCCACCUACAAACGCUUGCGGAGACCGAGAGGGGAAACUCUUCAGAAG